CCACAGAGAAGAUAUAGGACUGUGUUUUCCCGUUUCGCGUUAAUGGCUGAGUCCACUCCAAUUUCAACUCCUACUAACGACACCAACGCCGUCGCAGAGUCAUCUUAUUUCCGACGAACGGUUUGCUUGUACGAUUGGUGGUUGGUUAGAGCCCAAAACGACUUCCAAGGAAAGCGUUUAGCCGUCGCAGGCGUGUCAUCAAGAAAGGAAGAAGCAAUUCGGGUGUUUGUUUCUGCUCCUGUUAUCAAAAGAUAUGAUGUGUUUAACCUUGAGACUGCGGAUGGGAUAUACGUUAUCAUCAAUGGUUUCAUUAACGAGCAACGCACACUCGAAAAUGGUUUCUCCCCUGAGGUUUUCAACCGUUUUAUAUUUGGCUUUCCUUCAAACUGGGAAAGCUAUGUCAUAGAUUGUUUCAGAGAGGAAUCAACCACAGACAUUGAUUUGGGUGGUGCUGUUUCUGAUAAUGUAAUAGCAAUUCGUCCUGAAAUCUUAUCAGAUGAUGUAGAAAAAUCUAUUCCAACUCCUGUAGCUUCACCUGAAGAGGCCACGGUUGAUCACGAGAAACCGUUUCCUGAAGGUGAAUGCAAUGCUUCGAAGGAGAUGGGUGGGGUUAAUGUUGCUUAUGGUAGUUGCAGGAGUAAACGUAGUGCCAGGUUGCAUAAUAUUGAUGUCUGCCAGCAGAAGAAGCAGCCUGCUUCUGGAGGUCUUCCAAAGUAUCCAGAUGAAGAGAAGAGCUCUACCUCAGCGGCCUUGGAGAAUUGUGAUGGAGAACAACUCAAAAGUCCGGUGACACCCAUUCAGUCACGAUCACAUGAGAAGCCAUUCUCUGACAAUGAAUGCAAUGCUUCGAAGGAGAAGGUUGGGGUUAAUGUUGCCUGUGGUAGUAGCGGGAGUAGACAUAGUGCCAGGUUGCGCAAUAUUACAGUCUGCCAGCAGAGGAAGCAGCCUGCUUCUGGAGGUCUUCCAAAGUAUCCAGAUGAAGAGAAGAGCUCUACCUCAGCGGCCUUGGAGAAUUGUGAUGGAGAACAACUCAAAAGUCCGGUGACACCCAUUCUGUCACGAUCACAUGAGAAGCCAUUCUCUGACAAUGAAUGCAAUGCUUCGAAGGAGAAGGUUGGGGUUAAUGUUGCCUAUGGUAGUAGCGGGAGUAGACAUAGUGCCAGCUUGCGCAAUAUUACAGUCUGCCAGCAGAGGAAGCAGCCUGCUUCUGGAGGUCUUCCAAAGUAUCCAGAUGAAGAGAAGAGCUCUACCUCAGCGGCCUUGGAGAAUUGUGAUGGAGAACGACUGAAAAGUCCCGUGACACCCAUUCAGUCACAAUCACAUGAGAAACCAUUCUCUGACGAUGAAUGCAAUGCUUCAAAGGAGAUGGGUGGGGUGAAUGUUGCCUGUGGUGGUAGCAAGAGUAGACGUAGUGCCAGGUUGCGUAAUAUUAAAGUCUGCCAGCAGAAUAAUCAGCCUGCUUCUGGAGGUCCUCCAAAGUAUCCAGAUAAAGAGAAGCGCUCUAACUCAGUGGCCUUGGAGAAUCAUGAUGGAGAGGGACUGAAAAUUCCAGUGACACCCAGUGAGUCACAAUCACAGGGACAAGUAAACACAUCAUCCCAGCAGCUAGCUAAAAAAUCUGUAUCCAGAAUUUCUGGAACUUUGUCAGCAAAAACUGAAGGCUGUUAUAAGAAAAAACCAGUGACAGUUAAAACAAAAGGGAUCAGUCCUAAGAGAAAAAUGACUAAAUCUGCAUCCGCUGUGAAAUAUCCUCGUGUAAAGGAUGUAAGCCCCUUGAUAAAGGGAGGCAAACGGAAAAUAUCCUCAGUUUCUCCAGAGUCAUUGAGUUUCAGAAAAUCCAGAUCUGGUAGGUUGCUUCUUCCUCCUUUAGAGUUUUGGCGCAAUCAAAUACCAGUUUAUAAUGCGGACCAUGAGAUUACAGAAAUUCAGGAAGGUGCAUCUGUGGUUUGGGAAAGAAAGGAGUAACUCGGGAAAGAAACAGUCGAGAUAUAUCACAGUGCUCACCUUUUUUAAUCCUUCAUUUGUAUUUUACUCAUGCUUUUUGUUUCGGUUGCCAUGUAUCUAUUAGUUGUAACUAAUUGCCCAUAUUAGUAGCUGAAGCAUCUUCCUUAUUUUACCCCCCACAUGUAAAUGGACCUUGUCCUCAACGUUAAAUGUAACUUAUCGGACCAACAGAAUUUAUAAAUC